GAGAUGUAUCUGCACGUGCAUUUCCAGUAAAAAUUGAUAAAGAAGAAACCAUUGUCGAGAUACCUGAUGAUAAUGAUGAAAAGUUGGCAAUCUUAAAGAAACUAUUUUUGCCAUAUAUAAUUCAUUUUUUUACCAUCAAAGAGAUUAUAAAGGUUGUAAUUAUUUCGAGUAUGUACCCUUCAUAUAUUAGACAAGAUAAUUUUGAUAGUGAACAAACAAGAUUUGCUGGAAAAAAUAUUCUGUAUCUUUACAGAGAUCGAGUUCACGAUAAUGAACAGGUAAUACUGAUAGCUAUAUACGAAAGUUUCGGAGACAUCAUUGAUUUUCACUAA